AUGGAGGCGACCAAAUCAAGCAAAUCAUUGUUCUCCAUUGACAAUAUCUUGGAGCAUAAAACCCAAACCAGUACACGGGAGGCUGUCAAAUUAGUCACACAUUCUGUUUCAACCCCGCCACAGAGUCCAGCCAGCCUGUCCAGCAACUCACCCGCCAAUAAUGUCGCUCCAAUUUCCACAUCGUACGAACUAUCACAUGCCGAUGUUGCCGCCUCCUCACAAUUUUCACUCAAGAAUCUGGAGCCAAGUGCGGCAGCCACCCUGCUGUCGCCCACAACGCUGCGCUUCAAUCCUGUCUAUCCAGAUCCCGCCUCGUUAUUCUAUCAGCAAGUCCUGAACCUGCAGAAGAACACCUCCCUCUUCAUGCCACAUUUUCAGGCAGCCGCCGUUGCUGCCGCAGCUGCUGCCACGCCGUCGGCAUAUUGCGAUCAAUAUAGUCCGUUUAUGGACUGCGAAGGUUUUGGAAAUCCCGCGAGCGCUGCCGCUGCACUCUAUUGUAACGCCUACCCCGCUGCUAGUUUCUAUAUGUCGAAUUUCGGCGUAAAGCGGAAGGGCGGCCAAAUACGCUUCACCUCACAACAGACGAAAAAUCUCGAGACCCGUUUCUCCAGCUCUAAGUACCUGUCGCCCGAGGAGCGUCGUCACCUGGCUUUGCAGCUAAAAUUGACGGAUCGCCAGGUGAAGACGUGGUUUCAGAAUCGUCGCGCCAAAUGGCGACGGGCCAACCAGUCUAAGCGAAGUCUGAAUAGCGGCGGAAAUACGAAAAACAUGUCUUCCGAGGCCGGAAGUUCGGGAGCGACGGACAAUAAAAUGGAGGCAGGGGCUGCGCAAAGCGAUGAGGACGAUCGCAUGUACCUAUCGGAGGACGAUGAAGACGACGACGCCGAACAGGAAGAAGUGAUAAAGCUCAGUUGA